AUGGAAGCUGGACUGUCCUGCAGCUUGUGGAAGCCUUGGGGUCUUGCCUGGAGAACACAGAUCCUCGGACACGAGGGCGAGGCAUCCAGCUGCUGUCACAAGUCCUGCUCCAGUGUUAUUCCGUGCUCCAGGAGAAGGAAGAGCAUGUGUGAGGUGCUGUCCCCAGGACUAGCGGUGUCUGUGCUCAAAGCCAUCUUCCAGGAGGUACAUGUGCAGUCCCUGCUGCAGCUGGACCGCCACACCGUCUACAGCAUCAUCACCAACUUCAUGGGCACCAGGGAGGAAGAGCUGAAGGGCCUGGGUGCUGACUUCACCUUCGGCUUCAUCCAGGUGAUGGAUGGGGAGAAGGAUCCUCGCAACCUGCUGGUGGCCUUCCAGAUUGUGCGUGAUCUCAUUGCCAAGAACUACUCCUUGGGUCCCUUUGUGGAGGAGCUGUUUGAAGUGACGUCCUGCUACUUCCCAAUUGAUUUUACUCCACCCCCCAAUGACCCUCAUGGCAUCCAGAGAGAAGAUCUGAUCCUGAGCCUCCGGGCUGUACUGGCCUCCACGCCCCAAUUUGCUGAGUUCCUGCUCCCUCUGCUCAUUGAGAAGAUGGACUCAGACCUGCAAAGUGCCAAGCUUGACUCCCUGCAGACUCUGACUGCCUGCUGUGCCAUCUACGGGCAGAAGGAGCUGCAGGAAUUCCUCCCCAGCCUCUGGUCAUCCCUGCGCAGGGAGGUGUUCCAGACAGCAAGUGAGAAGGUUGAGGCAGAGUGCCUGGCUGCACUGCACGCCCUCUCUGCCUGCCUCUCCUGCUCUGUGCUCAGCUCUGACGCCGAGGACCUGCUAGACUCCUUCCUCAGCAGCAUCCUGCAAGAUUGCAGGCACCAUCUGUGCGAGCCUGACAUGAAGCUGGUGUGGCCAAGUGCCAAACUCCUGCAGGCAGCAGCGGGUGCCUCCCUCCGUGCCUACCACCACGUCACCCGCAGCGUCCUGCCCCUGCUGCUGGAGCAGUACACCAAGCACCCGCAGAGCAGCCAGAGGAGGACAAUCCUGGAAAUGCUGCUGGGCUUCCUGGAGUUGCAGCAGAAGUGGGGGGAUGUGGAAGAAGAUGAGAGCGCUCUGCUGUCACUCCGAGCCCCAGUUUGCUCUGUGGUGUUUUCGGCGCUGACGGAUUCCAGUGUGCAGCUGCAACUGGUCGGGAUCAGGGCACUGACCGUCCUGGGCUCUCUGCAAGGCUUCCUGUCCCCAUCCGACCUGGAGCUGGUUGUGGAUCACCUCAUUCAUCUCGCUCUGCGUGAGGAGGAUUCCCAGAGCAGUGAAGCAGCAAUGGAGGCAGCCGGAUCUCUGGCCCCCAUCUACCCAAAGGUUUUCUCUGGACGCAUGGUACCCAAGCUUGAAGAAGAGCUGCAGUCAGAGCGGGAGGAGGAGAGCUCCCAAGACCACUGCUCCCUGCGACAGCGCUGCCUGCAGGCCCUGGCAGCCGUGUCCACCCACACCAGCAUCGUGAGGGAGACUGUCCCUGUCCUGCUGCAGCAUCUCCGGAAGGUGCAGAAAGGGAGCGAGGCCAGGAACACCCAGGACAUGGUCUCUGUGUGCCAGAGCCUGCACCGCGUGGCCCUGCAGUGCCAGCAGGACACGGAGGGCUGCUGGUACUACCACCAGACAGUGGUGCCCUGCCUGCUGGCUAUGGCCGUGCAGGCUGCCAUGCAAGGGAGCACCCACCCACUGCUGGGCAAGGCACUGCUGGAGGAAGAGGUGCUGGCUGCCAUGGUCCCAGUCAUCAGCGCUGCCACCACUCAUCUGAGCCCUGAGCUGGCUGCUCAGAGUGUGUCUCAUGUGGUGCCCCUCUUCCUGGAUGGAGAGGUCUCCUUCCUGCCCCAGAACAGUUUUCCCUGCUCCUUCAAGCCCUUUGAGGAUGGGGAGUGCUUGGAGGCACAGAGACGCCUGGUUGCCCUCCUCAUGGCCUUUGUCUGCUCCUUGCCCCGCAACGUAACUGCCAAGUGCUUCGCGGGGCUGGUGAACAAGCACCCAGCAGGGCAGCAGCUGGAUGAGAUCCUGCGGCUUGCAGUGAAUAGGAUGGAGCCUGGCCUAGCGGAGGGGCCCCACCGAACCCAGGCACUCAUGCUGCUGCUCUGGGUGACCAAAGCCCUGGUGCUGCGCUACCACCCCCUGAGCUCCCGCCUGACAGACAAGCUGCUGGGCCUGCUGGCUGACACGGAGCUGGGCCCUGCUGCGGCCGACGGCUUCUCACUGCUCAUGGCCGAGUCCCCGGACGUGCUGCACAAGGGGUGCCACGCCGACGUGCGCAUCAUGUUCCGCCAGCGCUUCUUCACCGACAACGUUCCCAAGCUGGUGCAGGGCUUCCACGGGGCUGGCCCCCACGUGAAGGCCAAUUACCUGAAGGGCCUGUCCCAUGUGCUCAACCACCUCCCCAAGCCCGUGCUGGUGACAGAGCUGCCCACGCUGCUUUCCCUCCUGCUUGAGGCCUUGUCCUGCUCGGACCGUGUGGUGCAGCUCUCCACACUG